AUGUUACGGAGUCAAGUCACAUGUAUUCAAAAACGAACAUUGUUUCAAAAGUACAAUAACCCGCCAAGGUUGUCCUACGUUGCAAAUAAAAGCUAUUUCAGUCUAAUCUGGAAUAAUCUCAUUCCACAACCAUUGAAGUUAACAGGUUUAGUCGCAUCGGGCAUAAUUACAUUUGUGAAUGUGCACCCACGGUAUUACAUCACUCUAGGUCCACCCAUCGGGUUGCUAGGAUUUUUUGGUUAUCAAAAAUACCGACAUUGGCAGUAUCAUAAAGCAGUUACCAAAUUGGAUGUAACGGAAUGGCAAGAUAAUGAAACGAUCAGAACUGCAAAAUAUGAUGAAAAGUCUCUCGAUAAUGUAAUAAUGGGGAUAGAUAAUCAAUAUGAUUCACUUAGAAGACAGAUUAUUCAACUAGUGGAGCAGCGCAUAAUUGAAUAUAUACUGGAGAAUGGGAUUGACGACGAAGUAACUGGUUCAUUUAUUUCCGACGACAAUCAAUUCAAUGUCCGUUUGCCUGAAUCAGAAAUUGAGAGCUGGAUCACCACAAACGUUAAGCUUGAAAAGAACAAUAACGCAGUCUCUGAGUUUAUAAAGUUAUCUGUGCCCUAUUAUGAUUCGAAAAAUGUACACACGAGGAAGCGAUUAGGUGUGGUGCUGAUUUAUUUACUACAAAUUCCUCAACAAGAAGAGUCAAGUUUCAUUGACUAUAAAAUUGGUAUUGAAGUCACCCGUUUGAAAUGGUUCAAUCCCCAAUCGUUAUUUUUUACAAGACUUGAAAAUAAAGCACUAAUGCAAAGUGAGAUAUACAAAGCUUUAAAUAAACAAAACUAG